UCCUCGUCUUCUCUCUCUUUCUCUCCCUCCCCACCAAAAGGCAGAGACAAAAAAAAGGAACAGGGAUGGUGCGGGUGAGCAACAACCUGGUCGGGCUUCUCAACAUCGUGACGCUCCUCCUCUCGAUCCCCAUCCUGGGCGCCGGCAUCUGGUUGGGCCACCGCGCCCACACUGACUGCGAGAAGUUCUUGGAGCGCCCCGUCAUCGCCCUCGGCGUCUUCCUCCUCCUCGUCUCCCUCGCCGGCCUCGUCGGCGCCUGCUGCAGCGUCUCCUGGCUCCUAUGGCUCUACCUUCUCGUCAUGUUCCUCCUCAUUGUCCUCCUCUUCUGCUUCACCGUCUUCGCCUUCGUCGUGACCAAUCCCGGCGCCGGCGAGGUCGUUUCCGGUCGGGGAUACAAGGAGUACCGCCUCGGGGACUACUCCCACUGGCUCCAGAAGAGAGUCGAAGACGACGGGAACUGGCGCAAGAUCCGGAGCUGCUUGCGGGAAGGCAAGGUCUGCCAGAGGUUGGGGGAGAGGAACCAGACGCUUGAUGAGUUCAUCAACAACCACCUCUCGCCAAUCCAGUCUGGAUGCUGCAAGCCUCCCACUGCAUGUAACUUCACCUACCGAAGUGAAACUGUUUGGGAUAAACCUCCUGGCUUCACCCCUUCUAAUAUUUCGGACUGCAACACUUGGCAAAACGAUCCAUCAAUCCUCUGCUAUGACUGCCAAUCUUGCAAAGCAGGGGUCCUCGCCAAUGUCAAGAAUGACUGGAAGAAGGUCGCGGUCGUGAACAUCAUCUUCCUCAUCUUCCUUAUUGUCGUCUACUCUGUUGGAUGCUGUGCCUUCAGAAACAACAGGCAGGGCAAUGCGCACCCGAGAUGGAAAGGAGGAUUUGCUUAGCGAGUGAUAGUUUCUCCUAUUAGCGCUUCUCUUUUUCCUUCGCUGUUCUUGUUUUCACUUUUCUCCUCUGUAUAUCCUGGGUGCGGCAGUUCUCCUCUGCUGAAGUGUUUUAACUUAGGAUAUAGAGAUAUAUCUGGUUGCAGUGAUCUAGGUUUUACCUUGAUGUGAUUACUGUAGCCUUGGAUAUAUUAAUGGUUUGUUCAGAGACCCUUUUUUACUUUCAUAGUUCAGUAUCAUUUACUAUUA